AUGAUUAACACCGGGUUAGAUUUAACAGCAGAAAAUACUAAUAAUACAAACAGACUAUGCUCUUCUUUACCAACACACUCAGUUUUCUUAGCGGCACAACAACAAGAACAACACGAAAGACUUAGAAAACGACAUAUAAUAAAUCAUUUGCGAAGUCCACCAGCGUUUGAUACUUAUUUACAUCCAAGAUCGAGUUCUUCAUCUUCAUCAGAUAGUGGUAGUAGACGAAAUUCUGUGGCCGAAGAAAUGCUAAAUAAUCCUUCUGCAUAUACUUAUCGUCAUCAUUCUCGCACAUCCUCUCAAUCUAGUGAAAAUGAACUAAUAGUUGAAACUUUUGGGAAAGUUAUCCGAAGAGUUUCUUCAGCAAUUAGAGCAAAUCUCAUGGAAGGCAUAAUUGAAAAUGUUGAUUUCGACAAGGUCAAUAGUCGAGAAGAAGAAUGGGAAUCAGACUUUGAAGAAAGUUCAUCAGAAUCUGAGGAAGAAUUUAUUAUGGGUUCGCCAUCGCAAACGCCACAAAGAAGGCAUUCAAGAACUCCGUCAUAUAACGGUGACGAUGAAAAAUCACUAUCUUCAUCAGCGCCAACUAGCAAUUAUCUUCAGAUUUAUAAUUCUCGAAGAGCAUUUUGA